AUAACAAAAGUAGAACUGAGUCCAAAUUUAAAGUUCAAUUAAUAUUUCUCAAGGAUAACAAGUAUUUUAAGUCCUGAUUUUAUCUUUUGGAGAGAAAAAAUAUUGACGGGAGACAUACGAACGUUUCCGAACGCGUACGUUGCCCGGAUGUAAAAUGGCGUCGACAGAACUAAAAUUGAUCCAGUAGCAAAACCCGAAAUUGUAGUCCAUUGCCCCAUCCAUUUGCGCAUUUUUUGCGUUCCGUUACUCACACUUUGAUGCAUUAAUGGUAAUGCAUGCAAGGAAACUCCCAAGAAUUGAUGAUGGGUAUGCAGACAAGAGAGAUGCCCAGUCAUACCAGAGCAGUCAGUACCCAUCAAAGGCGACCUAUGGGAACCACAGUGACCGGUAUGACCGCUCACCUAGCAGAAACAGCCCUGCAUCACGCAAUAGUCCCAGAUACAGCAACAAGUCUUCCUACAUUGAAAGGACUAAGGAAAAAUAUGAUAGAGGUACUGAUGGCUCACCUAGCCGCAGAACUAACCACACUGGUAAUGGAAGUGGCAGUAACCAUAGCAGCUCUACUCACCAUGGCAACCAGGACAAGAACAGGGGAUCAAGCAACGUCAAGGACAACAAGAACGAGGCCCAGAAGUCAGCGAUUCGAGUGUGUGGGGACUGGUCAGAACACCUCAGCUCCUCGGGGAAAAAGUAUUACUACAACCUCAAGACAGAGGUCUCACAGUGGGAGAAACCCAGAGACUGGAGUGAUACAGCUGCCACACGACCAGACCGACAUUCAAUUGACUCAAGAUCAAGUAAUGACAAACACAACAAAGAGGACAAGCGUCGGCAUUCAAGUGGAGGACUGGAGAAACGAGAGAAACACCUCGGUGACCUCAAACACCUUGUCGUUGAUGGUAACCCUAAACCAGAUAAAAUGUACUUGUUUGAAAAACUGCAACAGAGUCAGUCAAAAUUACAAGCAGAAAAUCGUGCAAAUAAACAGUUCGAGCACAAAGACUUGCAGAGACGGACAGACGAAGGCAUUGUGUGUGAUUACUCGAACUCAAAGUCUUCUAGUCGACCAAGGCGGGACAGUGAGGGGGCACGGACAGGGGGAUCAAGACAGACUUCUAAAAAUGACUGUGAUGAGAUGGAUUCGCCGGGUAGCACGCCGACGAGCCACAUGUCUGCGAGCACUCCCCACCCACACCUCACCCCCAACAACAUCAACUUACUCGGCAUCAACAUUCUCUCAGAGCUCAACAGCCAGGAACCCAUCAACCAAGCGCUCCAGACGUUACAGAAACUGCAACAAGCGUUGUCACGGCAAAUAGCUGCAGCUCAGACCAGUGUCUCUAAUCAGUCCAACAGUCAGGGUAUGCCUAUCCAGGCGCUGACCCACUCCCUUACUGUCGGAACCACCUCGGGUCUUCCUCAGCCCGAUGAGGCCCUACUCCACUGCCAGAACUCCCAGGGGGCCUCCAUUCACCCCACCUAUCUGGCCUCCUCCCCCCAGAUAGUCCCUCUACAUAACCAUGCCACCAUCUCCACCCCCUCCAUCUCCCACCUCGCCAAUAGUCGGAGCCUGUAUGUUAACUCACAGAACAAUCUCACCUCAUUGGGCUCAAGCCCGCAGCCCAUUGUCACAGUAGCCGUCUCCCAGAUGGCGGCAUCGCCAAUGACAACGGGGACAACAACUAUUCCAAUUACCCAAUCGGGGAAUCAAGUGCAUCGUGGAAACACAGUGUACGGGAAAUUCCUGGGUUCAAGCCAACAGUCAGGCUUGGUAACAGGGUAUAUGAGCCAGGUGGGCGAUGACAGAUCCGGUGGGGAGAACAGAGGAGUGGAGGGUGGAGGGACUAAUGAUAGGUCUCCAUGUGCUAGUCCCACUCCCAGUGACACGAGUUCCCAGGGUGCUCCAGUAGACCCGGACAUGUUUACCGGUCAGAGUCUCGGUCAGCGAGAACACAACCUGAUGGCCAGUCUCGGGCAAUACUACAAAAAUGAAUCUGUUGCCCAUGUGACGGGCUGGCAGGGCGAACUUGUCGAAAGACAGGCAAGGUUGUACCAUGAUGAGAGUCUACGGAUAGGGAGCUUGAUAAGUAGCCAGGUGUCUGUGGAACUGAAGAGGGCGCGGUCGCUGGUCCGAGUGGAGGAGAUACAGUCCACACUCCAUGAACAAAGGAACCUGUUCCUUGCCCAGCAGAUUGCCGAGCUAGAGAACAUGAAGCCUGUAUCAUCCGUGUCCUCAUUCCUCCCCGUAUCAUCAGUGUCCCCGGCAACCAACAACACCUAGUGACAUACCCCACAUCUGUGUACUGUGGAGGAGUCAUCUUGGCAUUAUUUACAAUUACUAUCACAAUUCUGCCAACAUACGAAUGAGAUUUGGUAUGACCUUAGUCAACAAUUUGGUAUUACCGUGUUGACCAACUUGGAUUUGCCUUUGCUACGAGUUUUGGGUUAACAUUGGUGACAGAUUGGAGGUUACUGUAGUAACUUAUUCGGUGAUACCUUCGUGACCUGUCCAGUGUUUCUGCGUCAUUGCCAUGGCGACAGUUUCCCUGUGGUCACAGUGAUAGUGAUGAAGCUUUGAGGACAGAAUGACUGUGAUGUCCAUGGAGAUGGUUCUGUGGUUGCCUUGGCAGCAUGUAAUGUUUGCCAGGGGAGAUGGUAAUAUAUUCUGCGAACUUCGGUGAUACACUGAGGAUAGAGGUGGCGUGGAGGCUGUUCGGGGAUAGACGGAGAAUUCGGCCCACAAAUAUUUAUUGAAAACAUAUUCAUAUUACUGUAAUGGCAAUUUCCUACAUCCAAAGACUCAAUUUGUGCUUGUUCUUACUGAAAGACUAGCUAUGUUUAUAUCAUGGACAUUGUUCACAAUGGAAAUAUAGACUGUUUAGAACCUUUUUAAUGCCACAGCUGAUGGUUGUUAAUAUAGUAUAUACUUAUAUAUGUAAAUCAUGCCUUCUUAGCAAUUCAAAAACCAGCCUAUCUUUUACUGAUGGCAUGCGAAAAGUGCUUAUUGGCAUAAUAUUGUUGUUUAAUUUUAUAGGAACCCAACCUGUAUAAUAUGAAAAUAAUUUAAAUAAGUUUAGUAUAUGGAAAGAAGUUCUGAAGUAAUAUUUAUUUGAUUAUUUUGAAGAAUUAAACAGGAGUUACCUUGUCACAUAGGCAGAAUGUUUCAUGUAUUUUGCAUGUAUUUUUACAUGCCUGAAAAAAAGUUUUUACUAAAUUCUUUAUUCACAUGCUGUGUCAUUUUUAUUUAGAGGAAAGGAACAUAAUAAAUGCAAGUAUGUUACUAUUUUAAAAGUGUUGUAGAAAGUUGACAUUUUUUGUUCUUUAUUUUUUCACAUUCAUGUGUCUACACCAAGUGUUGUAUUAAACGAGUAUUCUGCAAGACUUAUUUUUAGCUCUACGGGUCAAAGGCCUGAAGAACUUAUGCCAUGGCAUGGUGUCCGUCGUCCGUGCGUCUGUCUGUAAACAGUUCGUUAUGAAUAAGAAACAGUCUUCAAUCUCAAACUUGUACAGUAGUAAGAUAUCCAUGAGAGCUCGGGCCCUUUAUUAAACCAGCUAAAUCUAUCAUGCCUGACUGGAUUAUGACCCUUAAAUGCUGCAGCCCUCGCAAAACUAUUCUCUAAGGGAGAAAACUUUGUACAGAGAGCUCUGUAUUAUUGUCGCAAUUAUUUCCCUUUGUAAAACAUGCUUUGAAUGUCGGUUCAGGAGUUAAAAAAAAAAGUACCGAAAAAGUCAUACGAGUAAAGCAUAGGCCCUCAUGGGCCUCUUGUUUAAGAAAGAUAUAGGGGCCAUUUUUAUGCUGCAUUGGUUUAAAAAGCCAAAAAAAGUCAGAUUUAAGAAAAUAUUUGUAUGUUUGAUAAUGAUAUAGAUAUUGUGUUGCGGAGGACUUAUGUAAAUACUGCAUUGUUUUUGUUAAAAGUUGUAGUAAAUUAUAAGUUUAUAUGUACAGACAUAUAUUAAUUAUUGUAAAUAAUUAGAUUAUAACUAACUGAACAAAGUGUGGAUGGUUAUGCUCAGUUGAUUUUAGCUGGAUGUCACAAGUCAAGGUCAAUAAGAGUCAUUUGUUUAUAUUUUUAAAUGCUGUUGAAAGUCAAUUAGCCAAAAUGUAUGGGACCUUAUAUACACAUUUCAAAUGUAUGGUAAAUUAGGUCCUUUGUUCAAAAGCACCAAUAUCCUCUAUAGUGUCUUUUCACGAGUAAACUAAGACUAAGUAUUAACCUUUUGUACCGCCUGUGCCUUGCAAAUUGGGAAAAAAAGUUGACUGGGAAAAAUACAAAAUCAGGCCAAAAUAGCUAACCUUUUAAUGCAUACAUUAUGCUGUGAAAGAGUUAGUUUUGGCAAGAUUAUGUUUAUUUUUGAAGAAAUUCAUUGCUUUUUUAUUGAUUUACAUAGUCUGCAUUUAUCAAAUUGGGAAAAUAUAUAUUUUGGGGGGAAAUGGACACUAAUGCGCAAGGGGAAACAGCCUUUAGAAGGUAGUAAAAUGCACCAAAAAAAUCACUGUUUAGGGGCUUGGUUGACUUAUAAAGUUGGGCAACUUUCACAAAGUAUUUUCUUAACAACACUGUUAAGGGUCAGGGGCCUGUUUUUAUGAAAGAACUCAGUUGUCAAGUUAUAUUGUUCAAUAUCUUGUGGUUCCUUCUUAUAUUAACUCCAUGAUAUAAUCUAGAGGUUGAAAACUCACUGAAAAUAUCAAAAAAUCAUUUGUAUCUACAGAUCUAGGACUUGUAUUGUUACAACUAAGAUUCUUUAAUGAGACAGCCUAAUCCAAUAAGAUUUUUGACAAUUUUUGUCGUAAUUUGAAAUUAUCUUGGUGUCACAUUUUUGUUAUUUUUCAACAUAUUUGUAUAAAUUGAACUUAAGCCAGUAUUAAAAUAAACACAAAGUUGAAGAAAUAAAAACAAUCAAUGUGACGCUUAUACAGGUUUAAGAUGAUAAAAGUUACAACUAAAACCCUUUAUUGAAAAGACCCCCAGGGUCCCAAGUUUCUAAUAAUAUUAAAGUCUAUACAAUUAGUUAUCAAUCAUAAGGGGUGAGGGUGGUCUAGUGGUAUUGGUGUCUGCCUCUCGCUUAAGAGGUUAUGGGUUCAUUCCCCACCAGGGGUACUUUCUCAUGGCCCCUCAAAAUCUACCUAGUACUGGUUUCUGUCAAGGAAUCAAGACUUAGAGUGAUUCAUAUAAGCUUACAGCCUUCACGACAGAGUUGAAAGGAAUCAGUAUAUACCAAUUAAAUAUUCAAGAAAAUUAUCAAAAAUAUGGAUUAAUUGAAUAAAUUGGUGACAUUGUCAUCCUGUAUUUUGACAUUUAAAGGUUGACCAAUGGAGACCACUGUGCUAUGUUUGACUUUGUGCGACUUGGUAUGAAUGGUUAUCUAUUUUUAGCUGUGUAAUUUAUAUGUACAGUCUCUAAUGCUGAAUAAAGCCAUGAAUACACA